AUGGCGAAAUCUGGAAUGGAUCUAAAUGGUUUCAAGUGGCAUGGUGGCAUGUUGGACGAUUCAAAGGGGUGGAAUGUCGCUAGUCAAAAAGAAAUGGAGGAGUACACGGCCACCACUUUCAUCGCGAAGGCUCGUCAUUAUUUGAAGCUGACGCCUCCCGACCUUGUUCAAUCUGCUGAAAAGAUAUGGUUCGCGGCCGUGUACGCCGUGAAGCAACUCUAUCUCACUUGUGGUGGGAUCGAUUUGAAGUCUCAUCAAACCCUUACACGUUUUUGCGACUUUGCUAUUGAGACUUCUGGAAAGGAGGAAGAGAAUCGUCGUUCUUGGGUUAAGAGUUGGAAAGAUGCACAGAAGAUGCACCGAGACGUUUAUGGCUCCGGCCACUUUAAGAGGAGUGAUUACGAGGAGGUCAUCAUAAAUGUUGAAGCUUUUGUGAACGCGUUGGGAGGUCGUCUUGGCGGAUGGAAGCAAGUGUGUGCGAAGGGAAAAUGGAAAAAGAUUUACAAAGCGUUGAAAGCGAUGAAACCGUUGACGGGAAACAAAAUCCCUUUGAGUUUCUCGGUGUCAUCCCUUGUUCUGAAGCCAUUCACCGCGAAAUCGUUGGUCGGAUUCGAGAAAGAACCGCAUAAGACAGCCUACAAUCGAGCAAAGGAUUUCUUGGAAUCCAAAGGAAAAACUUUGCCGUCAUCAUGGAAUCACAAAGAACAAAUCUUGGCCGAGUCAACGAUGAGGAAGAAAAAGAACAGAGAGAAGGAGAAAGAAAGGGACAAGGAUAAGGACAAAGAUGCCAUUUCCGACAGUGAUUCUGAGGAUUCGGAGGAAACGGAUAAAGAAUUUGCUCAAGCUCGUGAUGCUUUUGUCGCCCAUUUCUACAAGUUUCAAGAAGAGAAUGCCACUCCGAUCAACAAACGU